AUGAUCCAGACAACGACAGUCAAGAGUAUGCAGGUGGGCAUCAAACACAAGCUUAUGGGUGUAGAUGCAGAUCUACGUUUUGCGGGCAUCUAUCCAGCAAAGAACACGCAGGCUUGCGAAAAGGGAUGGUUCUGUCCAUAUCUCUUUGCGAGUGCCCGGACUCCUUCUAUUCCUCGCUGCAAUGACUUUGCAAUUGCCCAAUUCUUCGGACCGUUCGUUGGUGCCGACUACGCCAUGGCCCACAAGCUCGUCGCCGAAUCCGCCCACGUCCUCUCCCUCUGCGACCCCGACCCCUCGCACGACCUCCGUACCAACCGCCUCGUCCUCCUCUUCACCGGCAUCUCCCCCUACCGCGCCAACAUGUGGUCGACCUCGCGCCGACCCGGCUGUGGCACCAUUAUCUUCCACAUCCUCGACGGCUGCCCGGCCAUCGUGCUCCCCGUCACCGCGCGCGCGCCCAUCGUCGCCUGGUCGCCCUGGACGCUUUCCCAGAUGCGCAUGGGGCAGUACGCGCCCGGCGGGGGCUACAGCGCGGACGCGCACCACGAGCAGGUCUGCGAGUGGCUGGAUAGCAUCGUAAGUAUGGAGCAUUUGCGGCCCGAGGUGCGGGAGAAGUACGUCGAGGGGCUGGGGCGGAGCGUGAGUCUGGUUAUCAAUGGAGCGCUGGCGCUGGAUAGGGUGGAUAAGACGGUUCUGGGGAAGUUGGAUCCUGAAAGGGCGGGGAUUGUGGCGUUUAGGUAUUAG